AAAAGUGAGCAGGGUUUCUGUUUCGACUCUGAUCUACUUCAAUGCACAACUAAAUUAAAAAAUACACACGUAAGAAUAAGGUUUAUUGUACAUUUAAAUAUGUAUGGGAUGAGCACAGAGGCACCCGAGAAAACGGGUGAUGAAGGCCCGAGCGCUGGAGGAGGCUCUGGGAGCGGAGGUGGCUCACGCUUUGACCUGGAGAAGGAGACCGAAUUGCGUUUUGAGGUCGAGGCCGGAGAGCGGGUACAACUCGAGCUGCUGUCCGGUUUGGCCGAGGUGUACGGCUCCGAACUGAACCGAAAUAAGAAGUACACAUUCGGACCUGGUUCAAAGAUCGCCGUGUUCACGUGGCAGGGAUGCAGCGUGUCCCUCAGCGGCAAGACAGAGGUAGCGUAUAUCUCCAAAGACACCCCUAUGCUGUUGUAUCUGAACACACACGCUGCGUUGGAGCAAAUGAGACGGCAGGCUGAGAGAGACAACGAGAGAGGGCCGAGGGUCAUGGUGGUGGGGCCGACUGACGUGGGGAAAUCCACGGUGUGUCGUCUGCUGCUGAACUAUGCAGUGAGGUUGGGCAGGAGGCCCACGCUUGUGGAGCUGGACGUUGGCCAAAGCAGCGUGUCCGUUCCAGGGACGAUGUCAGCGCUAUACAUUGAGCGUCCAGCAGAUGUCGAAGAAGGUUUCUCUGUCCAGGCUCCUCUAGUCUUUCACUUCGGCUCCACAACACCUGGGACCAAUAUUAAACUCUAUAACAAGCUGACGUCCUGUCUGGCCGAGGUGUUCUCACAGCGCUGCGAGGUGAACCGGAAGGCCAGCGUAGGAGGCUGCAUCAUCAACACGUGCGGCUGGGUGAAGGGUUCUGGAUACCAGGCGCUGGUCCACUGCGCUUCAGCAUUCCAAGUGGACGUGGUGCUGGUGCUCGAUCAGGAACGCCUCUACAACGAGCUGAAACGCGAUCUGCCGCACUUCGUCCGCGUCGUGCUCCUGCCCAAGUCCGGCGGUGUGGUCGAGCGCUCGAAGGACUGCAGACGCGAGACACGUGACGACAAGAUCCGCGAGUAUUUCUACGGGUUCCGCGGCAUCUCGUUCUAUCCUCACGCUUUCGAUGUGCGCUUCUCGGACGUACGCAUCUACAAGAUCGGUGCUCCCUCCAUUCCGGAUUCGUGUCUGCCUCUGGGUAUGUCGCAGGAUGACACGCAGCUGAAACUGGUUCCCGUGAGCCCGGGACGUGACCUGACCCACCACGUGCUGAGCGUUAGCUGCGCGGAGGAUGACACUGAAGGGGGAGAAAACCGCAGCAGGGGGAUUUUAGAGAGUCCUGUAUGUGGUUUCAUCGUAGUUACGGCUGUGGACACUCAGGCUCAGGUGAUGACCGUACUGGCUCCUGCACCCAGACCGCUGCCACGCCACACACUGCUCAUCAUGGACAUUCGCUUCAUAGACCUGAAGUAAAGAUGUGGAGGGAAGGGUGGAGAUCACUGGGAGGGCUGGCAUGCUGGGAAAAAUCAGGAAUGUGGAAAUGGAGUGAGAUUACAUCUGUACAUGAACUGAAGCGGGAUCAGUAGACAGAGAUAUCAGUCACUGUGCCCUUAUUUUUACCUCAGUUUCAAUGACAGGGUUCCUCAUGUUAUUUUUAUUCAUUUUAUUUUAUUGUUCUCUUUCUAUCCUCUUGCUUUUGUUAAAUUCUCUCCAGCUUUGUUUUUUUUUUUUUUUUUUAUAAAUCUUUUACUCAUUAUUUCAAAAUUUUUUGCCGUAUUCACUUUUAUUUAAUUUUUCCUAGUCUUGUAAUUAUUUAUUUUUUUCUCAUUUCUAUCUUUCAUUCGUGUUGAUGAUUUGCUUCACUUCCCACAGUUCUUGUUUUCUUUUAUUUCCCCCUUUCUUACUUUUCCUUCUCUCCUCACGAUUCUUCAUAUUUCCUCUCCACUCUCAGUUUCUUGCAAAACUGCAUGCAAGAAUAGACGCGGAUAUAUUUUAUUUUUGUGAAACUAUUUUGGACGGAUGUUUGUCAUAAACGUGUUGAAUGUUUUGUAUUUUUAAAAAUAAAUAAAAAAGUUUGGAAUUUGA